AUGCGGCCGCAAGUGCCAGUGAUUAAACGUUGUUGGCAAACCCCGGAGGUGGUGGUUACGAAGCAAGGUAAGCAGGCAGCGGCUGCGGCUGGAGCGGCGGUGGCGGCGGCGGCGGCGGCGGCGGCGAGGCCCGAACGCGGGUCUCCCGUCCUCGCGCACGUAAUUAGCACUAUGGCGCUGGCCGCAGGGCGCAGCAGCGCGGCGGUGCGUCUGUAUGAGCUAUCGCAGCAAGUGCUCAGGAAUGGCCAUUUACUCGCUGAACCCAUGCGAAAAUGUCACACAUUUUUGUACGUGAAAAGACACUCGGACACUCUUUUUUUUGACAAUUCCUUUCUUGGAGUAUUAUUUUGAAUAAAGUAUUUUGGGUACGUCACGCAAAUUUUAUGUUCUUUGCUGGAAAUUGUAGAAUCCGUUGACUCGCUCCGUUCUCGCAUUUCCAAGUUGUCGGCUUCACAUUCGGUCUACGCGAUUUACAUAACGCAACCUAAAUACUGCAAAGGUGUAACUUGCAAUGCAAUUAUGUGAAUAAAAGACGUAAAAAAUUUCAUUUCGGGCGAAUCUGUCAGCCUUAAUCAAUAGCUAGCCACUCCACCGU